CGAUGCCGGCUGGGGCCAUGAGGGGUGGGCCACUGCUGCGAACCAGGAUGGGGAGGGAAUGGUUCGUGACUUGAGGUUAACACUUGUACAGGAGCAAAGGUGUGUGCUACAACAAUCCAUUUCACCAUAAAAAGAAACUGUCAAGCAAGGAGCCUGGUUCAUCUCUCAGAUAACACGGAAACAGUCAACAGAACAAAUGUUAAACUUUACACCUCUGGACACUUAAAUCAUAGCGAGCUUUAUAAGCCUUCAAAGAAAAUAAAACAGGGAUGAUGGUACUCUGCCAGGGAACAAACUAGUUUCAUAAUGGAAAGAAAUCGAUUCCCAGCUGAAAAUGAGAGAGCAAGGUAGAUGAAAAGAUUUUCAGGUAACUUUUGUUAGCUUCCAACUAAGGCUGAAUCUUCUUGCCCUAACAGCAGACAUCCACAGUCACCUGUGACUGGUGUUAGUGCCUCAGCAGAUUUUUCUAUUCCACUGGAAUUGCUAAAGUUGAAAGCACUUAAAAAGAAAGUAGAGGAUGGAACUGACAGACUCCAUAGAGUCAUCAAAAUGAGUCAAGAUGAGUUAGAUGUGUCAGAGACUAUGAUGCUGAAAAAACAAACGAACAGCUGACAGUGUGUUGUAGAGCUUGUCAAGGAGGAAUACCAGUUCAUACCUUCAUACUUGGCUGGUGUAGCUAAAAUGGAACAGUUUGACAAGUUCUUAGAUUUCCAGAAGGAAUUCAUAGCAAACCGUGAACUGUUACAGAAUGAUUUAACAGGGAGCAAAUAUCUGGUAUCUGAGCAGCAUGAAAGUAAGCUGGCUAAGGAACGUCAGAUAACAUGUGCCUGUGAUCUCCUCCAUUUCAAGCAACUACAGGUUGUUGAGGAAGCAUUUGAAGAUAUAUGGAACAGGUCUCUGAUAUUUUGUGGUAUUCUGAAGGAAAUGAAGAAAAAGUAUGAGCUUUACAUGAUGAUGCUUCUGGACUCUCCGCCUAUAGCACAUUCCAAGAUAGUAUUUAUUCAGGUCAAAGGGAUGGAAACAAAGACUUCAAGGGCUCCAGAAAUACAGGCACUCAGGAAAGAUGUGCAGGUUCUCAUGCAGAAAGCCAGUACUGCUCUGGGAAGAAGUAAAGACUAACUGAAGAAUUAAUUAGAAACAGUGCUACAGAUGAGCCAGACUCCAGAAGAUAAAACAGUAAAAAACCUGCUCUCUGUUUCAAAACAGCUUGAAUCUGUAGGGUGUAAGGUUCUUGAUAAAUGGGAAGAAAUUAACAUACUGAGACUGGGAAGAAAGAAAGAGUGGCUCCAUCAUUAUUGUUGCAUAUUUAAAAAGAUAAGUGGGUCUGAUGCAUUUUCUUUUGCUGGAAUGCUGUGUGACAAUUUAACUGAUCUGUUACUGCCUUUUCAGGCUCAAACUAUGAAAAUCAACUCAUGAAACACAUUUCUCCGAGGCCAAAUAAAAGUUAUUUCCUUAUAA